CAAGCCUAGUUACAAAGCCACUUCAGCCAAAAGGAUAUUACGAAUAUAUUUCAAAAGAUUCAAAAAAAUAUAUUUGAAAAAUGCAUCUGAUGAAGGGAUUACUUGUGAUUGCCUGCCUGGCUGUGUUUGCCAAUGCCAAGCCCCAGAACUUCCAGGUCUUUGGCCGUCAGCGGGAUGAGCCCGUCGCCCAGGGACGCCUCAGCUCCACUCAGCUCACCGAUCUGAUCAACAGCCUGAAGGGCAGCAGCAGCAGCACCACCGCCGCCCCCACCACAACCACCACCGUUCCCACCACCACCACCGUCACGACCUCUCCCACCGCUCCCACCACCUCCACCGGCACCUCGACCUCGACCACCACCCCCACCACCACCGGCUCGGGAAGCGGCACCUCCCGCGGCUUCAACGACGACGAUGUUGAGGACGACGACGACGAGCAGGAGCACCAGGUGGCCGCCAACUUCCAGGAGGACGACGAUGAUCAGGAGCAGGAUGUGCAGGAAGCCGUCUACCAGCAGGCCGCCCGCUCCCAGUCCAACCGCCGCCGUCAGCUGGUGAAGGCUCGCCGUCAGCGCCAGCGCAUGCAGCAGCGAUUCCGUCGCCGCCAGCAACAGCAGAAGCGUCGCCGCCAGCAGCAGCAGCAGAAGCGCCGCCAGCAGCAGAAGCGUCGCCAGCAGCAGCGCCGCCGCCGCCAGCAGCAGCAGAAGCGUCGCCAGCGCCGCAACCGUCGCCAGAACAUGCGCCUUGUCCGCCGUUUCCGCCAGGCCACGCCCAACAGGAACCGCUCCAUCCGCAUUGCCGCCUAAGAAGGACUCGAGGAUAACCUCGCAGAGGAUCGA